AGGAAGAAGAGGGCCAGGGCUAGAGGGGACGCUGAGGCAGCGAAGGGGCGGGAGCGGGCCUCUGCUGCAGUUCGAACGGUCGUUCCUCACGUCUCUGUGGUGAAUGGCGGCGGGAUGGAGCGCGAGGGGAGCGGCGGCAGCGGUGGUUCGGCCGGGCUCGUGCAGCAAAUCCUCAGCCUGAAGCUCGUGCCGCGGGUGGGCAACGGGACCCUGUGCCCCAACUCCACUUCUCUCUGCUCCUUUCCAGAGAUGUGGUAUGGUGUGUUCCUGUGGGCACUGGUGUCUUCUCUCUUCUUUCACGUCCCUGCUGGAUUACUGGCCCUCUUCACCCUCAGACAUCACAAAUAUGGUAGGUUCAUGUCUGUAAGCAUCCUGUUGAUGGGCAUCGUGGGACCAAUUACUGCUGGAAUCUUGACAAGUGCAGCAAUUGCUGGAGUUUACCGAGCCGCUGGGAAGGAAAUGAUACCAUUUGAAGCCCUCACCUUAGGCACUGGACAGACAUUUUGUGUAGUGGUGGUCUCCUUUUUACGGAUUUUAGCUACUCUAUAGCAUAUACUCUUAUGCUGAGAUGAACCUACGUUUUAUAGAAUUCUCAAAAAGAAUACAUUAUGGAGUGUAGUGUUUUCUUAGUUCUUCAAAUGGAAUCAACUUGGAUGAACAGGAACAUGAAGGACAUCUCAGCCCUUUCCUUAGUUUGAAGCUCCUGAAAUUGAAGAUGUUUGUGGACUCAUCAUUCUCAACCAAAACAAAACGAGUUUCUUGGAUUUCUUUUUUGUAGAUCUUUAAUUGAAGCAGUUUUACACACGCACCUUUACCCAAGCCAGGUCAACAGUGCCUCUGGGUUGGCAUCCCUUGCACUGAAAUUAACAGUAUUCUGUGAAGUAAGGCAAUGUUGCAUAUUUCAGAGAAACUAUGGAAGAUACUUGUUUAUUUCAAAUGAACAGAGUAUGUACUAACAUCCUAGUUGUUCUAAUCUUGAUUAAAAUUUGGCAAACUUUUUUUUGCUACAUCUUCAUGACAUGAAGUGCCAAGUAGGUUUCCGUUAAGUAUAGCUUCGAAAACAAAUUUGGUGAAAUAAAACA